GUUUAACAGUACUAUGAUCACUAGCGUGGCGCCGCAUCGUCAUUGCAAACAGGCUGUCCACGUGACUAAAACUUUCCUCGCCGGGCUACUGGUGUGCCUGCGUUUCAUCGUAGCGCAGCACAGAAGCCUUGUGUUUUGGGAGUACUCGACUCGCAACUCCUUUCCGCUGUCAACCACCCUAGGUGACAGGCGUUCAGCUGAGCCUGAGGAUCAGACAUGGCGGACAUUCGAGCCUUGCUCGCAGCCGAGCGCCAGUCACGCCGCAUCAGUCAUCCUCAUCUGGCCUACACAAAGUCUGGGCUGAUAUGUACACUAUGUAAUCUCAACAUCAAAUCCGAGACGCUCUGGGACGGACACUUGAGGAGCGCGAAUCACCGGAAAAACGCGCUUGCAAACCAAGAUAACAUGGCCAAAGGCACCAAGCGGAAAAUUGACGACGUCGACGCCGACAACGAGCCGCAAGAGGAGAAGCAGGAUGAAGGAGUGUCAGUGGAUAUGGAUUCGAGAAAGAAGCCAAAGUCAAGGCCGGAGAGUAUCGUGUCGACACAACAACAGCCUCGAGAAGCACAAGCACAAGCACAAGCACAAGAUCAGGCAGGCCCACAGCAGCAACCGGCUACUCUGAAUAGCCCAAAUCAGCGGGACGAAGAUGUUCCGCACGAAACAAUACCCACGAACAAGCAGCCAUCGGAGCAGGAGAAGGAUGGAACACAAAAUAAUGGACAACCCACUGCCACCACCAACUCGAAUCACGCCGGUCAGGCUGUGGAUGAAGCAGAGUGGGCUGCGUUUGAGGCAGAGGUUGCCCCGCUGGCGGCGGCUGCACCGGCCCAACAACCGGACUACUCUUCUGCUACGAUAGUCGCUGCACCGGUCACCACGGCACAGAUGGAUGCGCAGGCGGCGGAAGACAAGUGGAGGAAUUUAGAGGCUGAGGCCGAGGCUGAGAAGGAAGAUGAGGGGAGAAGACUAGAAGACGAAAUCGAGGUCAUGGAGGAGAUGGAAGAACGUGUCCGAAGACUGCGGGAAAAGAGAGAGGCCCUGAAACAUGCCGCGGUCGCCGGAAAUGACACGGGACAAGGCCACCCUGAGGCGGCCAGCGACAAAGCCAGUGUAGACGUUCCUCCGCAAACUGCCAGCGCACAGGUUGAAGAAGAGGAAGACGAGGACGAAGUUGAAGACGACGAUUGGUAUGCGUGAUAUUCAUUCAAUGAAUGGGGACGUCAUUUUAUCGUCCGCUUUUGGAAGGCUCGUAGCCAGCCACGGCCUCCUGCUCGCUCAACCUAUUCACACGACCCAAGAGAAAUAAAGCCGCCAAUGCCUACAAAUCAAAAGAAAUCGUCGCCCAUCACCUCCUCAAUCUCCACAACGCCGGUAACCUCGUUCCGGUCAACGAUACCGAGCAAGGUCCCGCGCCGAAGGAAUUCCUUGCCUCGGCCGGUACCUUCUUCUCGCAUUUGACGAAUCCAAUUUUUGCACUCGUCAACAGUCGUGGUGCUGAGCACGGAAAUCCAAUCCGUUCUCUCGAUCUGUACCUUGCCAAGUUCGUCCUCGAAAUCCGAAACUGGUAGUUCCGGAUCCCGUAGAUUUUGGGUCCGUCGAGGGCCAACGAUAUGAUUAGGCGACGUCCGCACAAACCCACGAGGUGACCGCACAGCAGCCACAAGCACAUCCAAGCACAUCAGCUGCUGCCCCGGUCGAGGGGUUGCGAUAGGUACUUCGGAGACAAUGGUGGCCAAGUCUGACAUUCGUGGUAUCGUCUGGGCAGGAGAGGGCUUCAGUGCAGCGCCAAUGGCACCUCCAGGGUGAUUGGCUGCAAAAAUGGCAGGGGUCUGAAGUCCAGCAGCAGAAUGCAGUUCGUCUGCAACGGCGAGCGCUAAGCUGUCGCCCAAUGCCAAAGUUAUAGUUGUAGAUGUAGUUGGUGCAGACACACCAAAUGACGUGGUUUCGGAUUCGGGAAUCAUGGUCGGCAACAAGACAUUGCACGAUCGAGACCGCGCCGGAUGCGAGAAAAGGGGACAUGUGCUGGGAUUCAGAUGCGCAGUCAUCGCGAUCAAGGGUAUAUCGGGGUUUAUAUGAGGGAGGAGUGACAAAAGUUCGGGCGUCUUCCCCGAGAAUGUGACCAUUACAAUCGUGUCAUUCGGUCGGAUGACACCCAGAUCACCAUGGAGAGCCUCAAUGGGAUGCAAGAACUGUGCGUGGAUGCCCAGUGAAACAAAGGUUGCAACGAGCUUUUUGGCGAUGUGGCCCGACUUUCCCACUCCCGUGAAAACGGUCUUGCCGUGUCGAGAUUCAGAAUGAAUGAUGUGACUGAUGGCCCUUAGAAGUGAGUCCUGAAUAUCCGGCGAAUUGUUGUAGAGGUCUUCCAGAUGCGAUAAUGCCAUUCGCUCUGUUGCGAGGACAUGCAAUGCCUUUCUGAUGGCCCGACUGUCGGGUUUGAAGUAUUUGUCGCCAAAACAAUCCGAGAUGUCGGGCGGUGUGAUCGGCAGUGACUCGAUCUGUUCGGGGAUCGGGCCAGGCAGUGGCAUUGAAGGUGUAAGAGGUGUUGGAAAAGAACGAUGGCGCGUGAAGGCCAUUGUAGGCUGUUGCUGAGAAGCCAUGCCCAUAGCGAAUAUAUCGGAGCGAAUGCUCGGCUAAGCAGCGACGGGAAGGUGCAAACUUUGCUGAGCUGACAAUGACCUCGAACAAUUGAUGUUUACACAAAG